AUGCCUGAACGGCAAAAUCUUGGCUCUGUUCCCGACCAGGAGAGCGACGCUACUUCUGAGACGGGAGGUGAAAUGGACAUUGAUUACUUAUGGCUUUCAAGCCGUUCCCUGUCACGUCUUUAUUUUGAAGUAGGAGGCACAAUCUGCCCUGGAUUCGAAAUCGGUUGGGUCAAUUCGAUCAAAGUCUGUCUUUACUAUCGCCAUCGCCUGAUCGGCAGCAUGUAUCUCAGAGACACGCCGUUAAUUCCCAAUGCCAAGAAGUACGUGAAAAUAGAAUGGGAUGACGACCAGGAACACGAAAUGGAUAUCCGCGAUAUGGUAGGAUUCAAGUCUCUUUUCGACGACAUCAUGCCAAAGAAGGGCGCCGACUAUUCAUAUGACGACAAGAAACGUAUGACUGCUGCUCUGAGCGUUUCCCCAAAUGGCCAUGUGCUCACAAUGUCGAUCGAUUUGGGAAACAUGCCUAGAAUGAGACCUGAAGUGAAGAGCGUCAAACUCUCUGGCAGGUACAUCGAAAUCAACAUGGAGAUAGUGAGCUCAAGCCCUCUCACACAACCAUUUGAAGGCGCGUCAGAGUUUGUUAUCAAGAAAGGUGAAGAUACUGUUGGAAAGUUGACGGGGUCGUUCUCAAUUAAGCCCGGUACAAAGGAAGUCUCCUUCAAUGGGACAAUUCGACGUGGAGUUUCUGGCAUGGUGACAUUGCAAGGAGACCAUUUCGAGCAUUGUCUUGACCACAAGACUUGGCAAAGUUAUAUUAUCAAGUUAUUCGAAGUCGAAAUUGACAUGGAUAAGGCUAUUAUCGACUAUGAACACGACGAGAGCGAUGAUGAAGAUGGAGAUGGAAGCGACGAGAGCGAUUAA